GGGACUCGUGUCUAUCGCAUCCAAGCUCUCGCUCGAAAAAAAAAAAUAUAUAUAGAUUACGUCACAGAAGCGCACAACUGUCCUGAAAGAAUUGCUGAGGUAUAACUGUAACUGCAUCGUGAUGACUGAAAGAAGAUUCCUCUCAAUUGAGAAAAACCUCCGGUUGACAGAUCAGUUUGGUUCAUCGUGAAAUUAUUCAGGGACACAAUCAAGAAGCACAAAAUCCUUCGCAAAGGGGGAUCCAGUGAUCAGGCGAUUGCAAAUUUAUUCCGAAGAAUUCGGCGAUUAAGAAGAUUUGUAAUAUCAUUCCGAUGUAACUGAUAAUUCAAGACACUCGUGUUUUUUGGAAAUAUUUUGGAUUUCUGAGAAAUGCACGAUAUUUUUGGAAAGCGCUCGUCGUCCUUGAGUGAAGAUUCGUCAAAGAUUUUCAAGACAUUGCCGUCGCUCAUGAGCGUAAACAUUCAUUUUUUAAUUGGAACAUCCAGUUUUUUGUGGAACCUAUUAAAUAUUGGUAAAUAGAAUCACUCGGAGAGAAAACUCCCGAAAUACCCCGAAUCGUCGAAAGAUAUCUCAAUUGUUAUUUUCGUGCAGUGAAUGUGUGAAUCAAUUUGUAAAGUUCGAAGACAGAAUGAUCUAGAUUGAUCCCGAAAAACUAAAGUUAGUUAAUGUUGACGACACAUCAUACUCAAGCAUCUACCAAAGGAAGCUAGAAAAGAUCUUAUUUAAGAAUCUUAUCGAAGGCUACAGGUAAAGAUAUUUAAAGUAUUUAGAAAGAAUUCUAUUAAGAAAUUGUAAGAUCUUCGGAAAAACACGUCAACAGGAUGUAUGAGGAAUUAUCUUGUCCACUUGAGAUAGAAGUGGAUCAAUACUGUCAAGCUUUCAAUCCAUCGGAAGUCUCAUUUAUUCGCGAGGAAAGCAAUUAGAUUCGAACAUCGACAGGACAGCAAGAGAACGACUCAUGGAUAUGUCAUCUAAAACCCUACAUAACGAGCAUAUUAAACGGCCGAUGAAUGCCUUUAUGGUGUGGUCGCGUGGUCAGCGUCGCAAAAUGGCACAGGAAAAUCCGAAGAUGCACAAUUCGGAGAUAUCAAAGAGGCUCGGCGCCGAGUGGAAGCUCCUAAGCGAGAGCGAAAAGCGUCCGUUCAUUGACGAGGCAAAAAGAUUGAGAGCUCUUCAUAUGAAAGAGCACCCCGACUACAAGUACCGGCCGCGCCGGAAACCGAAGUCCCUGGUGAAGAAGGAGAACAAAUUCGGCUUCUCGAUAUCGCCGCUGAUAUCGCCCGGCGACGGGCUAACCAGCCUAUCGCGCGGUCUUCUACCGCCGUUAACGCCACCGACGCAUCACCCGCUGAUGUCGCACGAGGACCUGAAGAUCCCGCGCUUCUUCCCGCCGUUCACCUACCCGCUCUAUCCGUUGCAGCACAAGCUGAACGACGACUUCAACGGCGGCAAGCUGGCCGCCGAUUUGGCCUUGCAGGCCCUCUACACCGGCAGUCCCUUCUAUCCGAGCCACCAGGCGAUGCCCUGGCCGACGGGCCUCUCGGCGGCCGCCUGUUUGCAGCCCAACUGCAGCUGCCCGAGCCCGCCGAAGGAGCCGAAGAGGCCGUUUCCGCCGUCUAAGAUGGACGACCCGCCUUUCCCGAGCCCGGCGAGGGCCGACGACGACGCCGUCGCGGAGCGGGAGGAGUCCCGGUACCGAAAGCUCGAGUUGGACUUUUCCGCCAGUCUGGAGAGCCACCACCAUCAUCAUCACCAUCACCAUCAUCAUCAGCAGGAGGACCGUUCUCAGGAUCGUUUCUCCUCGUCCUCCUCCUCGUCGCCGCCCACGGAGCAGCUGGAGAGAUCGUCGACGACAACGACGACGAUGACAACGACGACGUCGUCCUCGUCGUCCUCGACGUCGAGCGGCCGGGUCGACAGCGCCUUCUCCGUUCAGAGCCUCACGUCGACCUCCAGCAGCUCGAAUUCGAGCUCGCAGCGCGGACACGUCAUAUGA